AAUACCUUGGUGUGUGUGUGAUGGCGGCGGUAAUGCUCCAUUGCUCCGUUAAUUCUCCUGUUAUUGGUGUUGUCGAAGAAGCCAACAUGGCUGCCACCAUGAAGGGACCUGUAGCGGUUGAAGAUGUGAAUGUCACCUUUGAGGACCAGCAGAAGAUCAAUAAAUUUGCCAGGAAUACAAGCCGAAUGACUGAACUUAAAAAUGAAAUAGAGGCAAAGAAAAAAUCCCUACAGAAUCUACAAGAUGCCAGUGAUGACCUGAUGAUGUUAGAUGAUGAUGCUCUGUUAAUCCCUUAUCAAAUUGGAGAUGUGUUUAUCAGUCACACACAGGAAGAAACACAAGAGAUGCUGGAGGCAGCCAAGGAGGCACUGGAACAGGAGGUUAAAGGCCUUGAGGACCGGGUGUCAGCGAUACAACAAGUGCUGGGGGAUCUGAAGGUCCAGCUCUAUGCCAAGUUUGGUAACAACAUCAACCUGGAGGCAGAUGAAAGCUGAGCAUUAAAACUGACUUUGACAGAUGCCCCAACAUGGACUUUUUCACCCAUUUCUCAGUUCAGAUCCACAGGGCGAUCACUAAUGAUAACAGCAUCGACCACUCACAUUAGUGUUGUUUAUCUAUGUUUGUUUACAUGGAUUAUGUUUGUGUCUUCAGGUAGUUUUGGGAAACACAUUCGCGUAAGUUACUACAUAAGUUUAGGCUUGGAAACUGAAUAAAUGCACAUGAACCUAU